AUUAGAGGAGAAGAUUCAGGGACGGGUUUUGAGCCAUUUGUUAUAUCUGAUGCGCAUAGCAGAGAAGACUGUUCAAAAACGAGUUGCUUUGGCUCUUGCCAACCUUUGUUCUGCAGAGGAUCAGAGAACAAUAUUCAUUGAUAACAAUGGAUUAGAGUUACUACUUGGUCUUCUUGGUUCCACGAACCUAAAGCAGCAACUUGAUGGUUCUAUAGCCUUGUACAAGUUGGCUAACAAAGCCACGACUCUUUCUCCCAUUGAUGCGGCUCCUCCAUCUCCGACGCCACAGGUGUAUUUGGGGGAACAAUAUGUAAACAAUCCUACGUUGUCUGAUGUUACCUUUUUAGUUGAAGGUAAACGGUUCUAUGCCCAUCGAAUUUGCCUACUUGCUUCUUCUGAUGCUUUCCGUGCAAUGUUUGAUGGUGGUUAUCGGGAGAAGGAUGCAAGAGACAUAGAGAUUCCAAAUAUAAGAUGGGAAGUUUUUGAGUUGAUGAUGAGAUUCAUAUACACUGGAUCAGUGGAUAUUACAUUGGAUAUUGCCCAAGAUCUCCUUAGAGCUGCUGAUCAAUAUCUCUUGGAAGGACUCAAGCGGCUUUGUGAAUAUACCAUUGCACAGGAUAUAUCAUUAGAAAAUGUUUCAAGCAUGUAUGAGCUGUCAGAAGCAUUCCACGCCAUAUCAUUGAGGCAUACAUGCAUUUUGUUCAUUUUGGAGCAGUUUGAAAAAUUAAGUGCUAGGCCAGGGUAUUCUCAUCUGAUCCAGCUUACAAUACCGGAGAUCCGCAACUACUUUAUAAAAGCACUUACUAGACCUAACUCAGAUAACCGCGGCUGUAGGCAGCUGCUCGUAAAUUCUCGAUUCUAACUAAAUGCAAUGUACAGAAAGCUCUAGAUCUCUCUGUUGAGCUAGUGAAGGAUCUAAUUGGUUGAUUGUAGAGGGACCACCAAUCACUGUCUUCUGAUGCCAGAGUUCUGUUGUUUGUAAACGCUGUAAGUUUCUCCUGUAGUGUCAUUGUCCCGGAUUACUGCUGGGUAUGACUAUCAAUGAUGUUACUUUGAUAGAUUUAGAUGGUUAUGUUGACUAUAAAUGUAGUCUCCUGUGGGUUCAAAAUUGAUGCGGUUAGCUGAUGGGCCAUUGUUGUUUUCCA